AUGAGUAUUUCUACCCUUCUUGAAGAAGGUUACUCCAGCCACACUAUUUCUUUUCGUGAAAAAGUAAGCCAUAGUACUGUCUUAAGAAUCAAACAUCUAAAAAAGCAAACUGGUUGCUUGGAUGUUUUACCAAGGCCAGGUCACCCCAGAAUACUUACCGAAUACUAUGAAAAAAGAAUAGCCAGGCUUUUUAGGUCUAGUGAAUGUUUGAGUGCUGUUCAAACAGAGUCUCCAAUCUAG